GCGAGUGUUGGCGGUCAAAUAAUUUUAUGUCUCAAUUUGUGUGAGCGGUAAUAAUAUCGAGAUGAUCGUCUACGAAAGUCUGAGCCUCGGAGAAGAUAAUAAUGUAUUGCGAGCAAAUCAAUAGACUAAAAAACGUCGUCGGUACAUCAUCUUCUAUACAUGUGUAUCUAUAUCAGCGUUUUAGUCUCAAGAAACACGUUGAAUAAUAACGUCUGAGCGUCAAGAAACAUAAUUCGACUGAAAUAAUAAGAACCCGCGAAAGCGCCGUCAUCGCAUAAUUAAUAAUUUAUAAUCAUAUAAAAUUGUUGUAAUUGUCGUCGGACGGAUGUCUCUGUUCAAAGUCCGCGACUGUUGGUCGACCGUGUGUGGCCGGGACGAGACUUUCGGGUGCGACGCAUUGGCAGUGGACGACCUGUUCGGUGCCGGCGAAGACAGCAUUAUCCUGGGAAGUUUAGACGGUGUCCUCAGGGUGUACGGCGUGCACUCCGGCCCGCCGCCCGACUUGCGGUACUCGCCGUCCGAUCUGUUGACCGAAGUGCAGAUGGAUAGUCCCGUGUUACAGGUGUGCACUGGUAGAUUAAUCAGCUGUUCGCCCAACAAGAACAUUGCAGUUCUUCAUCCAUUUUCAAUAGUCGUAUAUGGAGUGAAUUGUAUAGCUGGAUCUACAGAUCAAGGCGAUCAGUACGUACUGGAAAUGAUGUACGAACAUAAAUUUGACCGGAGCGCAUAUCAAAUGGUCGUGGGCCCUUUUGGUGGCGGGUCGGGCAGCAGGGAUUUUGCGUGCGUAAUGUCUCUGGACGGCGUCGUCACGGUAUACGAGCAACAGGCGUUCGGUUUUCGCACGGCGUUGCCCAAUUACCUGCACCCGUUUCCCAUCAAGUAUGUCCGAUCCGUAGACGCGUUUAUCACGCUCAACGCCGAUCUGUGUUUGGUCUGUUACAAGUAUCAAGAACUAGCGGACCCGAGUCUGAAACAAAAGUGGCCUGUUUGGUCGUGCACCUUGGGCGAAACCGUAUACGACAUUCAGACUGUAGAAAUUACACCAUCUGCGACUACAAUACACGUAUUGGGCGAACGGAACUACUAUUGUUUUCAAGGCAACGGCGUGCUGUGGUUUAUGAAACGGCUUCAGUAUACUCCUUGCUGUUUUCACCCUUAUAUUUUGGGCGAACACCCCGACACAAAGACUAUGUGUAUGAUCGUAUCGGAUACCGACAGUGUCUUGGUGUACGAUCAGACAAAACUUCGAUGGUCGGCCAAGCUGUCCUUUCAUCCGUGUAUUAUUGCAAGAGCUUCGUUUAAAGCGUUACAGGGAUGUUUGGUUCUAUUGUCAGAAACCGGUGAUUUGAGAUUUUGUUACCUGGGCACCGAACCCAUGAUAUUUAUGGCUCCCGAAAGGCCGAUUAAAGACUAUAAAGAUACCAAGAACCAACUAGUUCAGUUAAAAAAGGACCUUCAAAAUAUUUCUUUGCAAGAUGAGACCGAUACUCUACCACUAUUGAAAUUAAAUACGCGUAUUUUGAAUUUGCGUUCAGAGGGAUCAGGGAAACUAUACGACAUUGAAAUAGACGUGUCACCAUCUCUGGCUACAUCAUCAGUGCAAAUUACAUUCCAAAUGGUCGCACCACUUGUCAUUUCACCCACAGUAGUACAUUUAAAAGACUUGAACGAAAGUAUAACGGUCAGAGUGAUGGCGCAUAGAGAAAAUGACGACACCGAGUCCGUAGUGUCGUCGACGGAAUGUAUCGUUUGUGCACACUAUUCUAGGACAUCGGACGUACCGGGUUCGGUGCAGCAGACUGUGCGGUUGCCGAUGUCACUGGUUUACGAUGUCCAUUCUACAUCACAGCACUUAGAUUUUAGUUGGUCGGCAAAAAUAUCUGUUGACGAGAGUCCAGUAGCACUUAAAAUACUAUUUAAAGAGUUUGCCGAUUCAUCGUCAUCUGCGGAAUUGUGUUUCCAAACAAUCACUGGUAUCCCGAAGUAUGUUUGUGUUACUGCAUUACCCGCAAAUCGGUCUUAUGAAAUACGAUCAUCGAGUCCUGAAUACGCCAAUGUAAUUAUCGAAGAAAUUUUGUUCAGGCAUAGAGAAUAUUACAAAACUAAAAAAUGCGUCGUGCGCUGUGAUAAAAAUGAAAUGCCCGUUGCAGAUUUUUAUCGAACGAUCGAGGAACAUGUAGCGCUUAAAGGAAGACUAGAAUUUGUACAGGAAGAAAUUUCUUUAUUAUGUUCGCAGUAUCGAAUCAUACAAAAGUGUUUGUUCAAUAAACUCAAAGAAAAUACAAUACAUUCUGUGUCCGGUUUGAACGUAUUGAUAGACAAUACACACGAAACGUUAACGGAGAAAAUGUCGGAAAUUAAAUUUAUCAAACAGGAAUUAAAAAUUAAAUUUUCUCAGUUGAUCUCUUUAUCGAGGCUUUUAGUCACAAUGCUUGGUCUGUGUUCUAAAAACGAUAAAAUGCUCAAAGAAUUCAAAGAAACUGUCAUUUAUUUUACUGAUAAUCAGAACUGGGAAGACAUUGUCUUACAUUCACUGAGCUAUUUGGUCGGAAACAAAAUCACGUUAAAUGUUCAAAGCGACGAUCCAGCCCAGGUUGUAAUGAGCUUAAGGGCAUUAAUCGAUUAUGUUAUAAAACAUAUAACAUCUAUCAAGGAUGAAUUACCAGCUAAAUUGAAAAAAGAAAACACGAGAGGUGUAUCGCCUAUUCUAGAAUCCGAAGAAGAUUUUUACACCAGUUAGUCGGUUGAAAGUUUCAAAAUAGAAAAUAUACAAAGAGGAUAUUUUGUAUUCAGGUGUUAUAUUAUUAUAUACAUAACGUAUAUAAGCUCUUCUCGUAUAUAAUUUGCGUUUCAUUAAUAAAAAAAAAUGUGUGCAAAUGUAA